UCAAGCGUUCUGGUGGAUGUUAGACUGUUUCGAAAAUAAAAUGUUGUAAGUGAAAAUAAUUCCCCUUCAACAAAAUUUGGAAUCAAGACACACGGAUAAAGGUUUAAGAAAACCUAUUUUCAUCGUCGUUUAAACACGGGAACAUUACCACCCAACUUGUCAUGCCUAGUCUCAGAUUUCUUGUGGCGCUUUUGUUUGGACUUCUAUUGGCUUUUGGUAUUCGACCGUCCUCCUCGAUGCCAAUUGAGGGAGAUAGCAAUGAUAUUGACAAAGCAGGAUCAGGUGAUGAUGCUGUAGACGAAGGUACUGAUGACGACGAUAGCGAGGACGAUGACGAAACUAUAAGUGACAAUGACGUCAAGGAAGCUCUUGCUGCUUCAAGCGGGGAACUGAUCGCUAGUGGCCAGGAAAUUAGUGACGCAGAAGCAUCGGGCAGCGAAUCAGAGUUACCUAUUGAAAAAUCAGAUAGUAAAGACAAUGAGGUGGUCCAAGGUGAUGAUGACAAAACGAAAAUCGAUUCAGAGAAACUUGCCAGCGAGCCUCAAAAGGAAGUUAAAGAAGCACAAGCAAUUGAUGAAACUUCUAAGAAAGCUGACAGUGACAGUGUUAAAGAUGAAGAAGAUGGUCAGAAGGGACAAAACGAGGAAGAACAACCUGAAACAGUCGAGGACAUUGAUGCAGAUGUGCCCCCACCACUUGAUAGUGACACGCAAAGAAGUGAUUCCGCUGCUCAAGAAAAUGAAAAUCCCCCUAUAGACGAGACCAAACAAAUGGCCGAGGCGCAGUCAAAAUAUGCUGCCGAUCAGCAACAAGAAAAAGCCUUGGCCUAUCUUGCCAAUACUCGUCAAAGUGGAGUCUUUUCCGCCCCAUCUCAAAGAGCCAUCAUAUGCAAAGACACGAUACAGAAAAUAUCUUGCCCGCCCGAACAUAGGAUAAGGGUGUUAAAUGCUGAUUUUGGUGACAUGGGUGAUGUCGGUUGCCUAAAGGAAAACAAUCCGAUGCCGGUGGGAUUCUGCCGCACUCCUGGAACUUACGAAAAGGUGAAGAAACGGUGUGAUGGUCUGGAGGGCUGUGAUUUGGCUGCGAGCAAUGACUGGUUUGGCGAUGCGUGCCCGGACGCUAACAAGUAUUUGGAUGUCAACUACGACUGCGUGAAUAAUCCGGUGCCUUACCCGGCCCCUCCUGCUGCGGGAUUUAGUCAAGCUAGUUACCAGCCCCCUCCAGCUCCUGCCGCCUAUGCCCCAGCUCCUUAUGCCCAGCCUCCCCCGGCAUAUGCCCCUGGUAUGGGAGUCCCGGAUCUCAUGUCAUCGAGUCCUUACAUGGCUCCACCAGACCCGUGUAGUCCGUGUAACACGUGUGCUCAAUGCUCGUUACCAGUCUGCAGCCCAUGUACUCACACUUGUCAACCUCUGACCUGCGCUCCUCGCAUCCCAGCUAGUUUGCAGCCUCUGUGGCAACAGUGGAAUGAAAGGACUGCAGACAUGAGUCGAAUGGAAAUGGCAGCGCUUAUUAUUUCGCCUCUUCCCAAACUUGCUGCUCCCACAAAAGCACCUGAAUCUGCGCAGGUGUCGGGCGGAGCUGAAGGCUCUGAGUCUGCGUCAGGUGAAACAACUUCUGACCUUGAUGAGGACGCUCUCUAUGAAGCUAGUAAGAGGUCUAAAAUUCAGCAGGUGAAAUCAAAACAGACAGCAAAGAAAGUAACUUUGGCAACGCAUAAGAAAGCUCAUAAGGAUGAUAGUGAACAAGGCUUUUUGCGAAGCAGUGAUUUGUUGGUUUCGUCGGGAGAUGCAAGCAGCGGCUCAUCUUCAUGAAGUUGGAGGAUAAAAAAGUUGCAAAAAAAGUUAUCCCUUUGAGUUGUAACUAGGAAUGUUGCGUGACACCUAAGUGAAACCCCGGUGCGUUACUUAAUUUUAAAGAACUAUUUUUUAAGUCAUGAAAAUAAUUCGGGAGGAAUACAGCAACGAGAAGACUACGAUUUAAGAGGUUUUUAUGAUGUCCUUGAAAAAGUGCAAGUUUUCAAUGACAACAUGAACUUAGAGUGAACACUGUUUUGGAACAGUGGUACUGACUUAGUAACAGAUUUAAUGAUUAUUUUUUCCCUCUGAAACUUUUCGGCUCACAAUUGUUGGUAGUUUAUAGUAUUUGUAGGACUCUGCAGGAUAUUCUGUCCAGCAGUCAAUAAUAAGUGAUUCUGUUAGCAUAGUCAGUUUUAUAAGCUUUGUAUGGGCUGUCGUGUGCAAUCCAAAUAAGGAAGAAUACUUCAAAAUUUCAGUUCUGAUUAGAGAGGAUCAACUGGAGAUGUCAUUCGC